AUGAAGCUCCAGACUUUCGCACUUUCUGCUCUCGUUGGCCUCCUCCCUUUGUCUAUGGCGACCCCCGCAGAACCUAUCGAACAAGAGGGAGACGACAGCGACCUUGCGAAACGAGGCGCUCGUAGCUGCAAGAUCGUCAACCUCAACCCCGGUGACAAUGUCAACUGUCGCUACGGACCGCAUCUCGGUGAUGGGGAGAUAUUUGGGAUCCCAGCUGGAGAGAAGAGGACGUUUGCCUGCUAUGAGAACGGUGACUGUGUCAAGGGUGUCUGCACCUGGGACCAGAUCACAAUUCUGGGCACCACCUGCUAUGUGAAUGGCUACUAUACCGACUCGAAUUGCUCUUCCAAAAAACUCCCCAAGUGCAAAGACUAG